CUUUGGAUUGGAACCGUACUUGGGCAAUAAAAGAUUACGUCAAACGACUUCGCAAGAACACAAGAACGGAAAAAAACGUGGAUUGUUAAACAGCCAUAGAGUUAGGAAGAAGCCAGUGAAUCACCGGAACAGCUUGACUUGUUUACAUCCGGCUAGAAAGACCGAGCAGAAACUAAACUUCCUCCAGCUAACGUUUCCGAGUUUUUCACCACGAAAAUGUCUAAACUGGAUGUGUUUAGGGACUUUCUCGCUGAGCGGUUGAGAACUGCAGUUAUGGAGAUAAUUGCAGCCGCUGAAAAAUCGUUUGCCGAGUUCGAACAGGAGAUUUAUCGUUCAGAGGAGGAGACCACGCGACUGCAACGCUUGUUGGACAUUGUUACUCAACCUGAGAUCAAGCUUCACCGAACAGAUGUGCAGCAGCUCUCUCUCCCUAAACCCCAGCAGAUUAAAGAGGAACAGGAGCUGUGGAUCAGUCAGGAGGAAGAGCAGCUCCAAGGACUGCAGUCUGAAACUACAGACUCAGUGUUCACUUCUACCAGUGUGAAACAUGACUGUGAUCAGGAAGGCUUUUCUGAAUGUUCACAUCUUGACCAAACUGUUAAAGUGGAGAACAAAGAAGGAGACCCUCUACCCAGCAACACAACUGAGGAGCAGAUCAAAGCAGAGCUUGAUGGACAAGACUGUGCAGCACCAGAACCAGGCAGUGACUCUCAGCCCCUCUCUGUUGUAGCUCCAGACUGUCCUAUAGCUCAGAGUUUGGAGGAGGAGGAACAUGGAGGAGUGCUGCUUCUUCUGAACAGAUCACAAGCCAGUGAGGCUCUGCCAAGGGAAAAUAAGCCACAGAGACGUCACACAGGAAAAACAAUACAUCAGUGUCAAGAAUGUAGCAAAACUUUUAGUAGAAAAGCUGCUUUGGUUUUUCAUAUGAGGACACACACAGGAGAGAAACCUUAUCAAUGUCAGGAAUGUAGCAACUUGUUUACUCAUAGCAGUAGUCUAGUUGCACACAUGAGGAGACACACAGGAGAGAAACCAUAUCAUUGUCAACAAUGUAACAAACAAUUUGCUGUGAAGUCCAUUCUUGUUCAGCACACAAGGACACACACUGGAGAGAAACCUUAUCAAUGUCAGAAAUGUAGCAAACUAUUUACUCAACGCAGUAGUCUAGCUGCACACGUGAGGAGACACACAGGAGAGAAACCAUAUCAGUGUCAACAAUGUAAUAAACAGUUUGCAGUGAAGAGUCCCCUGGUUGAACACAUGAAGACACACAGGAGAGAAACCGUAGCAAUGUCAGGAAUGUAGCAAAACCUUUUCUAAAAGUAGUUCACUGCAUUUACACAGGAGGACACACAUGAGAGAAACUGUAUCAGUGUCAACAAUGUAACAAAGACCGUAUUCACAAAACAUUUUAUCUUACCACUAAGAGUUCUCUUAAAUAGCAGUUAAAACUAAUUGGUAAGAGUUUCUCUUCACAAAGCAGUUGAGACCAACUUUGAUUGGCAAUAAGGAGCCAUCUUGAGCUAAAACAAAGGGUGAGGUUGAUCUUGUUGCGAUGGAUAAAGUCAACAAGCUUACUAACAGUGAUCGGCUAAUAGGGGAAUAGAUUUCAGUCAAUUAUUUCAUAAUAGAAAUAUUGUAUAACAAGGUAUUAUUUUGUGAUAUGUAAUGUUUUCGAAAAUUAAAUAUUCCAGAAC